AAACUUGUGAUAGAGAAGAGUCUGACGACCAUAUAUGAAGCCCCCAAUCGGAGUGCGCCCGUCGGCGUGAGCGAGGCGGAUAUAAAGCCCUCCCGUGAGCCUAUCCCGGACGCCGAGCCGCUGGACGACCCGUUGGACAUAGCGCCGCAUAUACGCUCCAGAUACUUUAGGGAGAACAUCUAUCCCUACGCCGCGCGGAUGCGCUCCAGAGAAUACUACGAACACAAGCUACCGCUUCAGAUAGAACUGAUUAAGCUGCAGAACUGGAUGCGCGACUCCGGCGAGCGGGCGAUUAUCCUAUUCGAGGGGCGCGACGCCGCGGGCAAGGGCGGCGCGAUAACGCGCUUUAUGGAGCACUGGAACCCUCGCACCGCCCGUGUGGUCGCGCUGGACAAGCCAUCGGAUGUGGAGUUGGGGCAGUGGUACUUCCAGCGAUACAUCCGAAACUUUCCGACCGCAGGCGAGAUUGUCCUCUUUGACCGUUCAUGGUAUAACCGCGCGGGCGUCGAGCGGGUGAUGGGCUUCUCCACCGACCCUGAGUACAGGCUGUUCAUGCGGCAUGUGCCGAUGCUGGAGAGGAUGAUAGUUGACAGCGGCAUCCACCUCAUAAAACUCUACUUCUCUGUGAGCCAGAAGGAACAGCUCAGAAGAUUCGAGAAACGCGCCAAGGACCCGCUUAAGCAGUGGAAGGUCAGUCCGAUAGACAUACUCUCGAAAGACAAGUGGCGGGAGUACACCGAGGCGAAGGAGGCUAUGUUCCUUCUGACCAACUUCGAGGUGGCUCCCUGGAGUAUCAUCAAGUCCGACGACAAGAAGCGCGCCAGGAUCAACGCCAUGCGCCAUGUGCUCAACAUCAUGGACUACGAGGGCAAGGAUCCGACGGUAGCCUACGCCCCCGACCCUUCGAUAGUCGCCUAUUCCCACGAAGUCUAUACGGCAGGUGCGCCAAUCGGAUAG